AUGAACCCGCAGCUAUCGAUUAACGUGUACGGCUACAAAGAUACGUUUAUACAUGGUUUGGAAAUUUUCCCUGUACGCGUUAGUUCGAACACUGUGGGGAAGAAAAUUCAUCUAUUGGCUGUGGAGAAUGGGAACAGUCACCACUUUUGCUGGAUAAAAAAUUUAGCAAAGUUGAGUCGAUCGGGUGUAACAAAACACCGCCGCCAAAUUUAUUUAUGUGAUCGAUGUCUCAACUAUUUUGCUACAGAAGGCAAACUCCAACAGCAUUCAGUAAAUUGUGGUGAAAAAGAAGCGGUGCGGGUACGAAUGCCUGAAACUGAUGACGAGCGGUUCGUUGAGUUCAAAGAUUUCAACAGCAAGGAACGUGUUGAGUAUAUGGUGUACGCUGACUUUGAGGCGUUAUUGGUACCACAACAUCAUGAAGACAUGGAAAUGGAUCAUGGGUCUUAUACAAAAAAUAUUCAAAAACAUGUACCCUACAGUGUAGGUUACUAUGUUCAUUGUACCCAUGAUCCCAACCAAUCGUUUUAUAAGGCAUACCGUGGUGCUGAUUGUGUCAAGUGGUUUGUUCAUGAACUGGAACAAGUAGCGUACUCAUUAGAGCAAAAAAUAAAACACGUUAAACCAAUGUAUCCGCUCACCGUCGAACAAGAACUGGAUUUUAUGUCAGCAGAGAAGUGUCACAUUUGUGGUAAAGAUUUCGUAUCCAAUUCCAUACGUGUUCGCGACCAUUCACAUCGCACAGGUAUCUACCGUGGAGCAGCACACCAAUUUUGUAAUCUGCAUUAUCAAGAUUCAAGGGUGAUACCUGUUGUGAUGCACAACUUAAGUGGAUACGAUUCGCAUUUUAUUAUUGAAGCUCUGCUGACGGAAAUCGACGGUCAAGUUGAUGUGUUGCCCAUCAACAAAGAAAAGUACAUCAGUUUCACAAAGCACGUCUCGGACAUUCAAUUAAGAUUCAUUGAUUCCUUCCGAUUUCUCGCAGACAAGUUGGAAAAUCUGGCCUCAUAUUUAGAUAAUGAUAAAAAAUCCAUUUUACAUAAAGAGGUCAGUAAUGAUGAACAAUUUCAAUUGCUAACGAGAAAAGGUGUAUUUCCAUAUGAAUACAUGAGUAGCUGGGGACGUCUCCAAGAGACAAAAUUACCACCAAAGGAGGCGUUCUACAGUGUGUUAACAGAUGAACACAUAACGGAUGAGGAUUAUAACCAUGCGAUACAGGUAUGGAACACAUUCAAUUUACAUACACUAGGUGAUUAUUCAGACCUGUAUAUGAAAACUGAUGUGUUACUACUUGCGGAUAUUUUUGAAAAUUUCCGUAACACUUGUAUUCAUAGCUAUAAUCUCGAUCCUAGUCACUAUUACACACUUCCUGGCUAUACGUGGAGCGCCAUGUUGAAAUACACCAAUAUCAAAUUGGAAUUGUUCACGGAUAUUGAUGACUUGUUGUUUAUCGAGAAAGGAAUCAGAGGCGGUGUAAGUCAAUGUUCUAAUCGCUAUGCUAAGGCAAACAAUAAGUACAUGGAAGAGGGGUAUGAUAAAACUCAAGAAGAUGUCUACCUUAUGUAUUAUGAUGUGGUGAACCUAUAUGGUGCAGCAAUGUGUGGAUACCUACCAACAGGAAAUUUUAAGUGGGUCGACACACCAAACAUCGAGGAUGUUGCAGAUGAUUCACCAGUCGGGUACAUUUUAGAAGUAGACCUUGAAAUACCCCAACAUCUACAUGAUAACUUUAGCGAUUUACCACCAUGUCCGGAGACAACGAAACCACAUGGAUCAAAACAAAAAUAUCUUCUGUAG